CGGCAGCACUCAAUACGCUUCCAUACAAUGAAUGCACCCAAGACCAAACCAAGAGUUGUGCUCAUUACAACUGGAGGAACAGCGCUCGGCCAUGCCCCUUCUUCACGCGAGAUGACCAACUACACCAGUGGUACUUAUGGGAUCGACCAUCUCCUCGAAGCCUCACCAGGUGUCCAUGAAGUCGCCGACAUCGUCAAAAUCCCAUUCCUCUCGAAAGACAGCAUCAACCUCACCGACGCCGAGGUCCUCAAGCUGUGCCAAUUGACUCAGUCUGAGCUGGGAAAGCCCGAUGUCAAAGCUGUGGGCGUUAUCAACGGCACAGACGGACUGCCGGUGGUAGCAUACGCGCUUGAUGCCACGAGCAACAGCAACAAAGCAAUCGGCGUGAUGGGAGCGGUGCGUCCGCUCACAGCCAUCAGUGCGGACGGCCCUGGGAACUUCCUUUCCCUCCUCGAAUUGCUCUGCGACGAUGAAGCGAGGAAUCGCGGGGCCAUGGUCGUGUGCGGAGAGCUGAUUCUACCCGCCCGGUUUACGGAGAAGACGGACUGCAACAGGAUCAACGCAUUCGAAGCAACAAACGCGGGCCCUUUGGGAAGAUUUGUGAACACCAGGCCCGUGUUUACGUUCCCCGCCUCCCGGCCUCUGGGUCAUCAGUACAUAGACGUUCGCGAAAUCGACCUGACUCACAGCCACAAGCUCCCCUACGUCCCGGUAGUCACCGCCCACUUAGGGAUCUCUUCCCAGAUAUUCAACGCCGCAAUCGAUGCCGGAAACGAGGGAGUGGUUCUCGAUGCCAUGGGCUCCGGUUACUGGCCGCAGGAAGCACUGAACACGAUGAACCCCGGCAACGUGCCCGUGGUGGUGUGCUGCCAGUCGGUGUCCGGGUUCUGUGCAUCGGACGGCGUGGCCUUUGGAAUACCGGCAGGAUUCCUCAGCGCCGACAAGUCGCGAUUUCUCCUGGUCAUGUGCUUGCUGUUGAAGCUGACAAAUGGUGGCAUUGAGCAUGUCUUUUUCAACAUGUGUGGAGGCAAGGCGAGACGGCGAGGAAGGGACGCUUUGUUGGCCAAGCUGUAGGAAGAG